CACACGGGAAACAAACCGUUUAAAUGUGAAAUGUGUGAUCGAGCAUUUGCACAACCGAGUACAUUGCGAGUGCAUAGGCUACGAGUACACAAACAAACAAAGCCUGAUAAUGUUAAUGGAAUUUAGUUUUUUUUUUCAUUGAUAACAUGUAUUCUGUAUAUUUAAAUAAAUCUGACAAUCCGAUCCGUUUGUGACAAAUGUUUAAGUUUGGUUAGGGACAGUUUAUUUUUAAAAUCGCUACAUGUGUGUGGUAGACUGCUACGCAAUCGAUGUGUGUGAUGCGCAGUGAUAAUGAAGCAAACAACAUGAAAACAAAAACAGGCGCUAGCGGCUAAUGCCGUCGUACGCAUCGACGAUCGAAUAUGUGUGUGCAUGGGUGAGAGAGUUGUGUAAAUAAAGAAAACGAAAUCAGCGCGCACACACGAAUACCAUCACAGUUUUUGCUCUGUCAUCAUCUGCUGACGUUCUACUGAUAAAUAUGCGCGAUUCAAUUUAUGAAAAACACCGAAACCGAAAACAUUGCUUUUAGUUUUGGGAUAUUUCUUCGAAACGUAGAUCUUUUUUUGUGCGUCACAUCAUCUAAUUUGGGAUUUGAAUAAAAAUGGCUUUUCGGUUAAUUGUUCCAAAAAAUCGACUCAACACAUUGGCCCAUUUGUGUAAUUUAAAGCAAAGUAAAAUAAUCGGAACGUUAAAUCGGAAUCUAAGUGUGUCGGCAUCGCAUUGGAAGCGAGUUGCAUUCAAUUUAAGUGACAUUGGCGAAGGGAUUAGAGAAGUUGUUGUUAAGGAAUGGUUUGUUAAGGAAGGCGAUGUGGUUGAACAAUUUGAUAAUUUGUGUGAAGUUCAAAGUGAUAAGGCAUCCGUGACGAUAACAAGUCGAUAUGAUGGCAAAAUACUGAAACUACACCAUGACGUCGAUGAAAUUGCAUUUGUUGGGAAGCCACUGAUCGAAUUCGAUGUAACUGAUGAUGAAUCUGCUGACGUCGAAGAAGUGAGCAAAGCGGCGGAGGUUGUAAAAGGUCAAGUGAAAUCAGAUGAUAUAGAGAUCAAGGCUUCCACUAUCAAUCCAAAUAAAAUAAUAACAACGCCAGCCGUCCGUCGCAUUGCCAGUGAAAACAAAGUCAAUUUGGCCGAAGUCGAAGCUUCUGGUCCAAACGGAAGGAUUUUAAAAAGUGAUGUGCUUGAAUAUUUGAACAUUAUCCCACCGAAAAACGAUAGCAAUCGUUCGAAACCAUUGAUUGAUAAGCCUUGUGUUCAGUCCACCGUACAACAGCCCAUGCGCGCUGCAGACGAUCGCGUGGAAAAGUUGAAAGAUGUGCGCCGAGUAAUGUUCAAAGCAAUGACAGCCGCAUUGAAAAUUCCGCAUUUUACCUACAGCGAUGAAGUAGAUAUUACCGAUUUGGUUAAACUUCGCAAUAGUUUGAAGGUUGACGCCGAAUCUCUGGGUGUUAAAAUAACAUUUAUGCCAUUUUUCAUAAAAGCCGCAUCACUAGCCCUAACAAAAUACCCAAUACUGAAUAGUAGCGUGGACGAGGAAAACGAAUCAAUCAUCUAUAAAUCAUCGCAUAACAUUAGCAUUGCGAUGGCAACACAAAGUGGUUUAGUUGUACCGAAUGUGAAAAAUUGCGAGCAAAAAACCAUUUUACAAAUUGCACGGGAUUUAAAUGAUUUAUUGGAACGGGGGCGUGCGGGUAAAUUGCGACCGGAUGAUUUUCAAAAUGGGACAUUUUCACUGUCAAACAUUGGUGUUGUUGGAGGAACGUAUACGAAGCCUGUAAUCGCACCGCCACAAGUGGCAAUCGGAGCUAUCGGUACCAUGCAUAUUGUUCCCCGUUUCAUUGGCGACACUGACAAAGUGCAACGUGCUCAUUUGAUAUGUGUCAGCUGGUCGGCCGAUCAUCGGGUAAUUGACGGUGUUACAAUGGCUGGCUUCUCGAAUGAAUGGAAACGAUACGUUGAAAAUCCAAAUCGAUUUGUUUUACAGUAAAUAUAUUCACGGAUAAUCUCCGAAAAAAAACGCUUUAUGUAAUAUGAGAUCUGUUUGAACAGUCUGUUUUUUUCUAUUUCCAAAGAAUUACCAAAUGCAUUUAAUUUGCUUUUUUUUCACUAAAACAAAGUCCAACUGACUGAAGUUCUGGUUUUUGUAGAUGAUUUUUUUUAAAUAAAAUAAAUUGAGUUUCAAAAGAA